GGUAGAUUUUGUGAUCUCACAAAUUCCAUGUCUGCUUCCAGGAGGUGGAAUUUUCCUACUAUGUGACCGUCCAGGCACCUCUGGGAAUGUAUACACACUGAUUUAUGGCACAGGCCUGAUGACCCAGACCUUCCUGCUGUGGGUUCAGUUUCCAGCACACCUACUCUUUCCAGUCUCCGCGUCCUUUGAUGGGAAGCAGCACCUGCGGAGUCUGCCCGUGGUGAACAGCAUUGGGUACGUCCUCCGCUUCCUUGCCAAGCUGUGCCGAAGCCUCCUGUGUGACGACCUCUUCAGCCACCAGCCGUUCCCCAGGGGCACCAGCGCCUCCGAGGAAGCCCCUGAGAGCCAGGAAGACAGGAUGGAGUCAGCAAAAACGGUCACCAUUGAGGAGUGCCUGGUGAACCCUGCGAGCAUGAACCGCUACAGCGUGGACUCCUCCUCCUCCGCCUUUAGCCACAGGGGCUCCCUGCCCACCUCCUCUUCGUUGUACUACAAGAGGCAGAACUCUGGAGACGGCCACCUUGGGGGAGGCUCAGCCACCACAGUCGGUGGUCCCCAUACCAGCCCCAUGUCCUCUGGAGGCCCCUCAGCACCUGGGCUGAGGCCCCCUGGCUCCAGCCCCGAGAGAAAUGGGACCUCUCUUGAAGGAAACAGAUGUGGUAAUGUAAUGCAUGCACUGGCUUCCCCAUGA